AUGAUUGCGAUAAAAGAAAAUGUAUUAUGUAUUUGUAGAGGUUGUCUGUAUGAAACUAAUAAUUCUGGUAAAUAUGUAAGCAUUGCUACUAGAACAAGACAUAGGCGAAGAGAUAAAAAGUUUAAAAAUAAUUACAUCCCUCCAAAUAUACCUUUACAUAAUAUUGAUAUAACAACUCCCAGUAGAGUUGAAUCAACAAAUAUCAGUGAAGAUAAUGAUCAAAAUGAUAGUCCAGAAAUAAUGGAAGUUUCUAGUAACUCUGAAUCAACUAGUAUUAUUAAUGAUAAUAAUCAAAAUGAACCAAUAAAUGAAAAUACUUUAUACAGUAGUAGUAGUAAAGAAGAGAAUAAUGAAGUUGAGGAUAAUGAAGAAGAUGAAGAUAAUAAUGAAGAAUAUGAUAGUAAUAAUAAUGAAGGUUAUGAUAAUAAUAGUAAUGAAGAAUAUGAUAAUGAGGAAUGUGAUGACCAUUAUGAUGAAGAAUAUAUUGAUGAUGAGAAAUAUGAUACUAAUGGAGAAUUUGAUGAUAAUGAUGAAGAAUAUGAUAGUGAUCAGGAAGAAGAUAAUAGUGGGUCAAUUCCAAAAGAAUUUCGUAAGUACUGUAUAUUUUAA